AUGCACACAACACCGCCAGAAGGCGCCUCCCGCCUCGCCCAACUCCCACCCUCCCUCUCCUGGUUCCUCGGCUACCGCCGCCCAACAACAAGCUCAACGCUUCAACCAAAGAUAUACGUGAUAUGGAUAUUCUCGUUCAUUGGCUCGUUUGCGAGCAUGGCGGUUUUGCAGGCGGUGUUUGAGCGGAAUACGUAUUUUGUCGAGCGGAAUGUGCCGAGUAUUAUUGCUAGUUUCGCAGCGUCUGCAGUCCUCGUCUUCGGCGCCAUCGAAGCCCCGCUAGCGCAACCGCGAGCGUUGGUGUUCGGGCAUGCGUUAUCAGCAGUUAUCGGCGUAGCGUUGCAGAAGUUGUUUGCGCAUUUUGUUACUGAUUACACGGAUAUACGGUGGCUGCCGUCCUCUCUGGCGACGGCGACGUCGAUUGUGGUGAUGCAGAUGACGGCGACACUGCAUCCGCCGGGAGGUGCCAGUGCGCUGUUGCCGCCGUUGUCGCCGCAGAUUGCUAUUAUGGGGUGGUAUUAUGUUCCGAUCGUCAUCCUCUCUGCAUCACUAAUGCUCGUAAUCGGUCUAUUGAACAACAAUAUCGCCCGCCGCUACCCCGUCUUCUGGGUGAAACGCAGCGAGCACGUCAUAGUCCCGCAAUUCCAAACGCCCUCCCGACCGGUUCGAACCCACUCGCUGGGAUCAAAGGGCGAGCACAUCGGCCUGCAUAUCGGCCCCGACGCUGAGGACGACGAGCGGGUGGUUGGCGUGCACCAUGUUCCUGAUGAAGCGGUGGUGGUGGAUAAGGAUGAGAUCAUCAUGCCGACGUGGCUGGAGCUGUCUGCCGAGGAGCAGGCGGUGCUGGAGGGGAUACAGAGCAAACUGCAUGGGAAUAACGUGCGGAACGUCGCUGGGCGGAUCAUGCCGUAG